AUGUCGACUCCCUCAACAGCCACUGCCACCCAUCCCACAAACCAUCCACACUACCGCUAUCCUCACCAAACCUUUCACGCCAACACUACGCCGUAUCCUGCGGCCCCUGCGGUGGGAGCAGCCCGCGCUGCAAACUACCACUAUCCCUCUGUGAAUCACCCCGCCGCUCUGUCCUCCGCCUCCGCUGCUUCCAAGUCCUCCCAGGCUCAGCCGCCCAUGGCAACGUAUCAGACAUCUGCCAUCCUCCCCACGGCUCAGAGUCGCCGGAGAAAGCCCAACUGGAACGAGUUCUACAAAAACGGAGUCCCCAAGGAGAUCAUCGUCAUCGAUGACGACGAUGAAGACCCUCAAAACGUCUCCUCGAACAACUCCGUCUAUACCUCCUCCACGGUGAAGCCCUCUUCACUGGCCUCCUACGGUAACGGCGUGGCCGCACCACCGGCAACGAAGAAAAGGCGCACCGGUGCAGAGACAACAUAUGACGUUGCAUAUCAUGACCCCGCGUCCUUCCCCGUGGCCGUGCAGCCGUAUGCGGAAGGCUCCUCGGGGCCUUCGCUCUCGACAGAUCGAACGGCGUCGCUCCACACCACAGCGCCGACAUCCCUGGGGUCUCAUGGCAGUGCAUCGACCAAUGGCGUGUACUACGAAGAUGCGGCUAUUGGACAAAAGCGAAAGCGAGUCGUCACACGCAAGGCCGCUCGCGAUGAACAGAAACGACGGGAAUUGGAAAUCGCAGGCGAUGCGUUCGACAAUUACGUUCCGCCGCCGCGUCCUCCGAUCAAAGCCAAAGACGUCUAUGUGCCCGUGAUCCGCGAUCCACACUUCACCAAGCAUUCAAAAGUUGAUGAUGAUGACGGUCAUUAUAUCGUGAACCCAGACACGAAUUUGACUGAUCGAUACACCAUCAUCAAGUUGCUUGGCCAAGGAACUUUUGGAAAAGUCGUCGAAGCGUUUGAUAGGCAAAAGAAGACCCGUUGUGCGGUGAAGAUUAUUCGGUCUGUUCAAAAAUAUCGCGACGCUUCCCGCAUUGAGCUGCGGGUCCUGUCCACGUUGGCGUCGAACGACACGACCAACCGCAACAAGUGCAUCCAUCUCCGAGAUUGUUUCGAUUUCCGAAAUCACAUUUGUAUCGUGACUGAUCUACUUGGCCAAAGUGUCUUUGAUUUCCUCAAGGGCAACGGAUUUGUGCCUUUCCCAAGUAGCCAAAUCCAGAGUUUUGCCCGCCAGUUAUUCACCAGUGUUGCCUUCCUCCACGAUGUCAACCUUAUCCAUACCGACUUGAAACCCGAGAAUAUCCUCUUGGUCAACAGCACUUACCAGACCUUUACCUACAACCGCACAAUCCCCUCUUCCUCCCACAACACCAGCCGGACUGCCCGUCAGCGACGGGUGCUGCUAGACAGCGAAAUUAGAUUGAUCGAUUUCGGCUCUGCUACCUUCAAUGACGAAUAUCACUCGUCCGUGGUCUCGACCCGUCAUUACCGUGCCCCGGAAAUCAUCCUGAAUCUUGGAUGGAGCUAUCCUUGCGAUAUUUGGAGUAUCGGCUGUAUUCUAGUUGAAUUCUUCACCGGCGAUGCCCUCUUCCAGACCCAUGAUAAUCUAGAGCAUCUUGCAAUGAUGGAGAGCGUCUGUGGAAGCAGGAUUGAUACAAAGUUGGUGAGACAAGUUAUGCAAGCACGGAGCGGUGGGAAUCCUGCGGCCAAGUAUUUCAACCGGACUCGGCUGGAUUAUCCAAACCAGGAAACUCCUCGAGCAUCUCGCAAAUACGUAAAGGGCAUGAGACAGUUGCAGGACUUCAUUCCCGCCAAUACUUCCUUCAACAAGCAGUUUCUUGAUCUUCUGCGUCGGAUAUUUGUAUACGAUCCACUUGCACGAAUCUCAGCCAAAGAUGCUCUUAAACACCCUUGGUUCAAGGAGUCAAUUAUCGAUGACGGUACCGAGGCCGUUCGCAUCGGCCAGAUGCGAGACAGAGGGAGCCGUUCAUGA